GAUACGAGUCCGCUGAUACGAGUCGCUGAUACCGAGGUUGCUGAUACGGAGGUUGCUGAUACGAGGAUGCUGAUACGGAGGAUCCGCUUGUACCGCUGAUACGAGCCGCUGAUACGAGCUGCUGAUACGGAGAUGCGGAGGAUGCUGAUGCGGAACGCUGAUACGGAACGCUGAUACAGAGAACGCUGAUACGAGGAUGCUGAUACGGAACGCUGAUACGGAACGAGUUGCUGAUUACACCAGUAUUGGUGCGGAUCCAUCAUGAGAGACUUUCUGAUACGGAAGAUGCUGAUAAGAGUCACUGAUACGGAGGAUCGAUGAUGAUACGGAGGAUCGAUGAUGAUACGGAACGCUGAUACAGACGAUGAUACGGAACGCUGAUACAGACGAUGAGUUGCUCAUACGGAGGACGUUGAUACGAGUUGCUGAUACAAUACGAUACAGAGGGGAUAUAAAACACUAAUACCAAUACUAUCUCUCCUAUUUUCAUUCUUUUAUUUGUAUUGCAAGGAGCACCAUGGUCCUCGUUGGCUCUUGUCUUGUAUUUCAACACUGUAUUCAGUAGUUUCCUGUUGUUUAACACUGUUUUCAGUAGUUUCGCUCCUGCUGUUUAACGUCAAACUCCUAAGUGAUGCAUUGGUUUUUCCUGUUGUUUAACGGCAGAAUUUUGAUUACUUAGAGAAUGCAAGGAAAUGAGUUUAUAAAAUGGCCGAAUGCAAGGAAAUGAGUUUACAAUUCACUAAAAACGGAAAUAUGCAAGGAAAUGAGUUUAUGUCGUUUGUAAAACAAGGAAAUGGGUUAAUGGUCCUUCCCAGCUCAAAAGAAAUGUGUGUUUGAUCUCGAACGAAAUUUUUCUUUCACCUCCUGCCUCUCCACGGUAUCCGCCCUCGUUUACGCGCGAAAAGUUCGCGCACAUAAUUUGAUGGUACGGUUCGUACAAGUCGUGUACAGAAUUUUUUCAAACAUUUAACGGGUAAGGAAUUUUUAAUUUUCCCCACGCUCAAAGACGAGAAAUACCGUGAGGAGAAUUGUUCUGAUAAUUUCAAAUGAAGAAAAUUUUUUAGGCCUGUUCCAUACUGUAAAUUAUUUUUCGUGCUGCCUACGGUAUGUUAUGUACAGUAUGACAAUAGUCACUGAUAAUCUUUCCUUCAGUAAGAGAGUACGUACUUUAGUACCGUAUUGAACCUUCAUCACAAACGAUGCCAGUAAAUUAUGUCUUAAAUGCCAAUUUUACGAUUGCUCUUACGAUACCAUCCUACGCUCGCCCUACGGAACCAGUGUUCCCACCGUAAAAUAAUGUGUAGAAUUAGUACUACUUUACUUCCUAAUUGGUAUGUACGAUACCAUGCACUACUCUCCUGCGGUUAGACGUUUAGAGCGCUAUUUCUAAGAGAAAAAAUAGUAGCAAUGCUCCUUUUCUGUUCUACAGGUUGUCAAGUACAGAAAGUAUGUGAAGUCCCCAUUGUCCGUUGUGAACUCCUAACUGCACAGAGUUUGUGUAAGCAAUGUUGAACUUUCACGAAAACAGUAUCGAAAGUACCACAAAGUAUUACGACAUUAACGGUUUGCUCAACCACUCUGUUGGUAUAGUGAACAAUAGCCUAUUGGAAGUGCGCAUUAUUACCUAAUUGUACGUUACUUAUGAAAAGAGAACUACGGUAAUAAGAAUCCUUUACAAAAUGGCGAACCGAGUCGAGAAAGUGGUGCGUUUAGAUCGCGCUAACGGUUUCUUGCCGUAGAAAACUCUGCCUGAAGUAGAACCGCCACGACUUUUUUUUGUUUGACAUCCCGUAUUCGUACGAGGACUUCGACGGAAGAAUCAAUCUUUUUCUACCCAACACCCCUAAGCAAUGUAGAUACUACACGUUAAUUUAAUCGUAUAAAAUUUACGUAUGGUGUGAUUAGGAGUAUUAACGUUAGCGACGACUCUUGUGUACUCGUAACCGCCAAUUCUUUCUAUUACGCUCGGCGAUGAGCAGCACCUCGCUUCACGUUCACCACGGGUUGUCGUGUGCAAAUGCACAUAAAGUAUCGAAAAUACUUAUUUUGAUUCCUAAAUCCAUAUUUUACAACAAACAGCACCAACAUGACGAUCCGAGUUGAAAGAGAAGCACUGCUUUCCGUGAUAAGUACAUCACCAUCAUUAAAACCAAACGCAACAACAACAUCAGAUGCAUCAAAGCCAUGCAAUCCUUGCAUACAAGACGACAACGAAUACGUAAUCGUUGACUCGGUACCUACGAAAUCAUUCUUAAUACGAAAAUCGGGAGACGACGAUGCGGCGUCUGUUUGUACAUUAUCUACGUCUUCUGUUUCUUCCUGCGAUUCUUCAACCGACAUCUCUAGCAUUGACCGCAGAGUUUCUUUUGCGUCCCAACUGGUAACCGACGUUUGGACAAGAGAGAGGACUCUUCCCGAAGACGUAUCCAACCUUUACUACAGUUCUCUUGAGACACAAACAGUACGUAUUUGUUUUCUGCGUAUGGAUAUCCUCUACGUAGACGUUGGUACAAACUUUACAUGAGUUCUUCCGUCCUUAAUUGAUUUUUUCGUCUCACCUUCAAAUCUUUUUCAAUCACAAACGCACUUCUCUCCCUUCGUUUCUUCUGCAAUACAGUUUCGUCAAGAAUAUCGUUUAGAAAAGAAACUAAUCAGUGAACUAUCAAUAGAUCCUGAGACGUUUCCUGUUGACGAUGAGGAUCUUUCGAACCUAGUCGCCGCAACUACCUGCGCUAAUAGCAGUGGACGUCACCGUAUUUCAAGAGUUUGCGUUGUCUACAAUGACAAGCUCGAAACGUUUUGUAAUCCUACCGACUUUGAGAUGAACGGAGCGACGCAAAAGUUGGCGACGCUGUCCAAUUCUCAAAAUUCAAAUUGCACCGAGAACGGUGAUAUACCUUCGGACUUCUUUGAUAACGAUAGUUUCUGGAGUGGUUCCCUUACCUGGUACUAACGGUCUUACCAGAGUCAUGCAUUCAAUCAUGAAUUUUCUCGCGAUGUAACUCUUUUACAUCAAUAUAUACACACCACAUACAUUCAUAUAUAUUUGCGAAGGAUUCACGGGAACCACAUCUUGUAACUGAAGCUGUUGUUAAUCGAAGAUCAAGGAAAACGAGGUUGAAAAAAGUCAAGCAAGGGGACGAUCAUCUUGUACGAACCACACAAACACACGAUACAUGUAUCAAUACUACUACCACCACUCCUACCACACAAGAACACACGCACACACACGAAUCGUAUGUUUUGGCUACUAUUUUUCUAAACUUUUGGGGACACACAGCUUGUAACAUUAUUUGGAAUCCAUCUUUCCGAACGCUACCUAUUAUUUAUGUUUAUAUAUACGGCAACGUAUGUAUGAUGAUGACCAACGAUUGCUUCGUUGCUCUUCGAAAAAGAUGAAGUCUUUGUCACGGAUCAUGACAGGAUGAAGUCUCUGUACUCUGUAAUACCAUAACGAUCUAAAUCUGGGAAUUUUGCAUUAGCACCUGAACUCUUUUACAAAAAAUGUAGAACACUUCA